UCUGUUGUCUUUGCAGAUCCGGAGCUCCUGGGUGUUGGUUCCCUGUUGAAGAAGUACAUCUCCCUGCUGUGCACUCACAUCGGAGACAUCCUCCCAGUGGCGACGAGUAUCGCCUCCACCGGCCGCCGCCACUUUGCUGAAGUCUCUCGCGUUAUUGAAGGAGAUCUAACUGGAGUGCUGCUGCCUGAGUUGGUGGUGUCCAUCGUCCUCCUCCUCACCAUCGAUGCCGGUUUGAUGCAGGAGACCGGGUCCAUCCCUCUCCUGGCCGGACUCCUGGAGCACCUGGACCGGUUCAACCACCUGGCCCCGGGACAUGAGAGGGACGAUAAUGAGGAUCUGGCUUGGCCCGGCAUCAUGGGAUGCUUCUUCACAGGACAAAGUUCCAAGAACAACGAGGAGGUUUCCCUUAUUCGCAAGGCCGACCUGGAGAACCACAACAAAGACGGCGGAUUCUGGACCGUCAUCGACGGAAAGGUGUACGACAUCAAGGACUUCCAGGCUCAGUCCCAGUCGCUGGCAGGAAACAGCAUCCUCGCCCAGUUUGCAGGAGAGGACCCGGUGGUCGCUCUGGAAGCCGCUCUGCAGUUUGAGGACACCAGGGAGUCGAUGCAGGCCUUCUGCGUGGGCCAGUACAUGGAGCCGAACCAGGAGACGGUCACCACUCCGGACCUGAGCAGCCUCUCGUCCCCGCUCAUCGACACGGAGAGGAACUUGGGGCUGCUGCUGGGCCUCCACGCCUCCUACCUCGCCAAGAGCACCCCGCUGUCCCCCAUGGAGAUCGAAUGUGCCAAAUGGCUCCAGUCGUCUAUUUUCUCUGGCGGCCUGCAGACCAGUCAGAUCCACUACAACUACAACGAAGAGAAGGACGAAGACCACUGCAGCUCUCUGGGUAGCACCACCCCGGAAAAGGCCAAACUCUACUCCCGGAGAAUAACCCUCAGCGACCACGCACAGCCUUUCCUGCAGGCUAUUGCUGACAACAACACUCAGGACCACACUGUGAAGGACUUCCUGUGCCAAAUCGAGCGCUGCUGUAAGCAGUACCAUCUCAUCACGCCCAUCACCUUCCCCCCCGAACACCCUGUGGAGGAAGUCGGCCGCCUGCUGCUCUGCUGCCUGCUCAAACAUCAGGACCUCGGCCACAUUGCCCUCUCACUUGUCAGUCAGUGUGCCUUAGGUGUGGACCAAGGGAAGCAGAGGUCCCUCCCUAAAUCUGUGAUUGACGUGUGCCGCAUGGUCUACCAGGCCAAGUGUUCUUUAAUCAAGACUCAUCAGGAACAAGGUCGCUCCUACAAGGAGGUGUGUGCCCCCGUCAUCGAGCGUCUGCGCUUCCUGUUCAACGAGCUGCGUCCGGCGGUGAGCAACGACCUCUCCAUCGUGUCCAAACUGAAGCUGCUGAGCUCUCAGCCCCGCUGGAGGAGGAUCACCCAGAAACUCAUCCGGGACCGCAGGAAAAAAAGAGUGCCUAAGAAGUCCGAGUCUGCUGACAUAGAAGAGCCAAAGCUGGAGAAUGAAGGGACCAAUGGGGAGGAGCUUAAUGUCCACAUCAGCCCCACGCCUGCUGACAGGAAGUCACCCACCAGCAAGACAUCCAAGGACAAAUGGCAUCCGCUUCUCAACACGGUGGCCAAAGUCCAGAAGUACCGCUGGCUGAAGCACAGCGUUCACGGGGUCUUCUCUCAGUCCAGCCUCAUGGUCACCAUCGUGGAGUUCGCUCUGAAGGAGGAGCCGCUGGACGUGGAGAAGAUGAGGAAGUGUCUCCUCAAACAGCUGGAGAGAGCCGAGGUGAGACUGGAGGGAAUCGACACCAUGCUGAAGUUGGCCUCUAAAAGCUUCCUGCUGCCGUCCGUGCAGUACGCGAUGCUCUGUGGCUGGCAGAGGGUCGUACCAGAAGGAACCAACAUCGGUUUUGUUGUCGGAGGAUUAUUUAUAAAAAAAACUUGUUUUUUUUUCCAGAUCCUGGCGCUUCGUCUCCUUCAGGCCGUCCUGCCCUCGUGGGACAAGACGGAGCGCUCUCAGGACAUGAAGUUCCUGGUGGAGAAGUUGUUCAACUUCCUGGGAAUCCUCCUCAGCACCUGCUCCUCAGACCUGCCGCUACUCAGAGAGGGUUCCCUGCGAAGGAGGAAGUCCCGCCCCCAGGCGUCUCUCACAGCCACUCACAGCAGCACGCUGGCGGAGGAGAUCGUUUCUGUGCUGCGUACUCUGCACGCUCUCAACCAAUGGAACAGCAUGAUCAACAAUUACAUCAACACUCAGCUCAGCUCCAUCGGAGACGUGAUGGCAGGCUGCCAGUCUGAAGCAUGCUUCCUGGAGGAGUAUUUCCCUGACUCUGACGCUCCUCGAGUGGGCAGUCUGAUGGCGGUGAUGGCGGUCAUUGGAGGAAUCGAUGGGCGCCUCAGACUCGGAGGCCAAGUCGUCCACGAGGAAUACGGAGAGGGAACCGUCACUCGCAUCACCCCGAAAGGACGAAUCACCGUCCAGUUUCACGAGAUGAGGACCAGCAGGGUUUGCUUGCUCGGUCAUCUCAAACCGCUGCCCGCCGUGUCCUUCAGCGUGCAGAACCUUCCCUUCUCUGAGCCCAUGCUGGUGGUCUGGGCUCAGCUGGUCAGUCUGGCUGGAAGCAAACUGGAGAAACAACGCAUGAAGAAGUCCGUCAGUCGAGGGCUCACAGCCGACCAGGUGGACGUCCACCUGCUGCGCUGCCAGCAGCUGAGGCUGUACAUUCUGAAGGCAGGACGGGCUCUGCUCUCUCACCAGGACAAACUCAGACAGAUCCUCUCACAAGCAGCCGUUCUGGACAUCGGACCCAACCCCAGCGAGGACCCGGUGGUGUCCUCUCCUGAUGUGGGAGACCUGUCCCCUGAGGGUCCUCUGCCUCCACUGAUCCUGCUGCAGCAGCUGCUGUCUGCUGCCACCCAGCCCUCACCCAUCAAAGCCAUCUUUGACAAGCAGGAGAUGGAGGCUGCAGCUCUGGCAGUGUGUCAGUACCUCGCUGUGGAAUCCGCCCACCCGUCCUCGCCACUGUUUGAGGAGAGCAGCUCCAGCGAGGCCACCACGCCCGUCACCGUGCAACACGUCCGACCCCCCAAACAGAAGAAGCAGAAGACCUCCCCCGUGCCUCCCUUACCCAUCGUCCUCCAGCUCAUGGACAUGGGGUUCCCGCGGAAAAACGUCGAGUUUGCCUUGAAGUCGCUGUCUGGAACGACGGGCAGCGCCUCUGGUGUCCCAGGUGUGGAGGCUCUGGUGGGCUGGCUGCUGGACCAUCCAGACAUUCAGGCCACCGAGGUGUCGGACGCCGACACCGUGUCCGAUGAAUACUCUGAUGAGGAGGUGCUGGAGGAGCUGGAGGAGGCCGAGCCCACGUUCCCCGUGCCUCCAGGUGCGGUGGUGACUGAGAGCCAGACAUUCAAGAAGAGAUCGGAUUUCCAAAGCAACGACGACUACGCUGUGUACGUGAGAGAGAACAUCCAGGUGGGCAUGAUGGUGAAGUGCUGCAGAACGUACGAGGAAGUGUUCGACGGAGACGUCGGGAAAGUGAUCAAGCUGGACCGGGACGGGCUUCACGACUUAAACGUGCAGUGUGACUGGCAGCAGAAAGGAGGAACCUACUGGGUCCGGUACAUCCACAUCGAGCUGCUCGGAUUCCCACCUCAAAGUUCCCCCUCUCAUAUAAAGAUCGGUGACAAAGUGAGAGUGAAGCCCUCCGUCACCACACCCAAGUACAAAUGGGGCUCCGUCACUCACAGGAGUGUCGGGGUGGUGAAAGCUUUCAGUGCCAAUGGGAAGGAUGUGAUCGUGGACUUCCCUCAGCAGUCCCACUGGACCGGCCUGCUGUCUGAGAUGGAGCUGGUGCCCAGUGUUCACCCUGGAGUGAGGUGUGACGGCUGUCAGAUGUUCCCCAUAAACGGCCCCAGAUUCAAAUGCAGGAACUGCGACGACUUCGACUUCUGUGACAACUGCUUCAAGACCCGCAAACACAACACCAGACACUCCUUCGGCAGAAUCAACGAGCCGGGCCAGUCUCCAGCGUUCUCCGGCCGCUCAGGAAAGCAGCUGAAGAAGCACCAGAGCAGCCAGCGCGGGAUGCUGAUCGACGAUUGGUCGCGAGCCGUCAAGAGCCUCAGCGUGUCGUCCUCCGUGAACCAGGCGGCGCGCCUCAUCGACUGCAGCGAUCAGUGCUGGCAGUCCUCCGGCUCGCAGGGAAAGCACUGGGUCCGUCUGGAGCUCUUCCCAGACGUCCUGGUGCACAGGCUGAAGAUGGUGGUGGAUCCGGCAGACAGCAGCUACAUGCCCUCACUGGUGGUGGUGUCAGGUGGAAGCUCUUUGAACAACUUGAUCGAGCUGAAGACGAUUAACAUCAAUCCCACCGACACCACCAUCCUUCUCCUCAGUGACUGCACCGAGUAUCACAGAUACCUCGAGGUCUCCAUCAAGCAGUGCCGCAGCUCCGGUAUCGACUGUAAGAUUCACGGGCUCGGCAUCGUUGGACGCAUCCGAGCGGAGGACGAAGACCUGGCCACCGUCCCCUUCCUGGCAUCUGACAAUGAGGAAGAGGAGGAUGACAAAACCACCACUGGGAGUCUCGCUCGGAAGAAGUCUUCAGGUUUGGAGUCUUCUGCGACCAUCAGGACCAAAGUGUUUGUGUGGGGCCUGAACGACAAGGACCAGCUGGGAGGACUCAAGGGCUCUAAGAUCAAGGUUCCGUCCUUCUCUGAAACGCUCUCUGCUCUCAAUGUGGUGCAAGUAGCCGGCGGUUCAAAAAGCCUCUUUGCAGUGACGGUGGAGGGGAAGAUCUACGCGUGUGGAGAGGCCACUAACGGCCGGUUGGGUCUGGGUCUGUCCAGCGGGACCAUCCCCAUCCCCCGACAGAUCACCGCGCUCAGUAACUACGUGGUGAAGAAGGUCGCCGUGCACUCCGGGGGCCGCCACGCCAUGGCGCUGACCGUGGACGGGAAGGUGUUCUCCUGGGGAGAGGGAGAUGACGGCAAGCUGGGACACUUCAGCAGAAUGAACUGUGACAAACCUCGGCUGAUCGAGGCGCUGAAGACGAAGCGCAUCAGAGACAUCGCCUGUGGGAGUUCUCACAGCGCCGCCAUCACCUCCAGCGGGGAGCUGUACAGCUGGGGUUUAGGGGAAUACGGCCGCCUCGGACACGGAGACAACACCACGCAGCUGAGGCCCAAACUGGUGAAAGUGCUUCUGGGACAUCGUGUGAUCCAGGUGGCUUGUGGGAGCCGAGACGCCCAAACUCUGGCCCUGACUGAUGAAGGGUUGGUGUUCUCCUGGGGCGAUGGUGAUUUUGGGAAGCUGGGUCGCGGAGGCAGCGAAGGCUGCAACAUCCCCCAGAACAUCGAGAGGCUGAACGGGCAGGCCGUCUGCCAGAUAGAGUGUGGAGCUCAGUUCUCUUUGGCCCUGACUAAAUCCGGAGUGGUGUGGACCUGGGGCAAAGGCGACUACUUCCGACUCGGUCACGGCACCGACGUCCACGUGCGGAAGCCCCAGAUGGUGGAGGGGCUGAGGGGGAAGAAGAUCGUCCAUGUUGCUGUUGGAGCGCUGCACUGUUUGGCUGUUACAGAAACAGGACAGGUGUUUGCGUGGGGGGACAAUGACCACGGGCAGCAGGGGAACGGCACCACCACUGUCAACAGGAAGCCCACGCUGGUUCAGGGUCUGGAGGGACAGAAGAUCACUCGGGUGGCCUGUGGCUCCUCCCACAGCGUGGCCUGGACCACCGUGGACGUGACCACGCCCUCGGUUCACGAGCCGGUGCUGUUCCAGACGGCCAGGGACUCCCUCGGAGCCUCGUACUUAGGUAAUCCUCUUUUUUCCUCACAGCCCAUUACCACUGAUCAGCUCUCCGGUCUCUGGUUUUGGUUGUGAUGGUUGUUUCUGUAGCAGCUCUGUUCAAACGUUCCUCACGAAGGAACAGCUGUUCUGUUGUUGUCGGACCAGGAACUCUAUU